AUGGAGGAGUUUUUAAGUGGUAGAGCACAAGAGCUUGUGCGUGGAGGGUUGAUGGUGCUUAUAGUGCAGGGUUUGCCCGAUGGGGUCCUUCUUUCUGAGACUACUGUGGGUAUGGGGUUCUGUGUACUUGCUUCGUGCCUCGACGACAUGGCUAAGACGGGUGUUGUAAGUGCAGAAAAGGUGGACUCCUUCAACUUGCCUUUCUACCAUCCCUCUUCAAAGGAGUUAAGGGCAUUGAUAGAGACAAAUGGAUAUUUCCAUGUUGAAAGAAUAGAGAAAUUGAGUACCCCCUGGAGACACGAAACACCCGAUCUUCAACUUGUUGGCAUGCAUUUGAGAGCUGUCAUCGGGGGACUAAUUGAGGAACACUUCGGAGAUGAGAUCCUUGACGACUUGUUCCAACGCCACAUUAAGAAACUUGGGGAGAGUGCAUUCAUAUACGAUGAGAAGUACCGUAAAGAGGCUAAUUAUUUUGUGUUUCUCAAGAGAAAAGUCGCUUGA